AUGGCCUCCCAUCUGUGCGACUGUGUCCGCAGGAAAUCCCCACUCGCCUCCCCACCCGCGUCCGCGCCUCCACCUACGCAUCCGUCGCCUCCGCGCCACACCCGCGUCGCAGGCCGCCUCCGCGCCGCGCCCGCAUCCCAGGCCGCCUCCGUGCCCGCGUCGCCGCCCGCCCCCGCGCCGCGCAGCCCGCCUCGCCGCCCCCGUGCAGCCAUCCAGAGGCAGAUCCACCUCGCCGGCGCCUCCCAGCCAGAAGCGGAGGCAGAUCCGCCGAGGAGUUCCUCAGAGCCGUGCUUUUCCUCCGACGCCACACUGAGCUCCUUCUCCCAGCCGCACGCGUCCAAGGAGAUGGCUUCGACGCGUGGAGAUGGCUUCGACGCGUGGGGCUCGCAGCCGCCGUUGAGCGAACUGUCGGAUCUCGACCUCAACUCGACGUGUAUGUUUGAGUGA